GAAAGAAUAUUUAUUACAAGUACUAGUAUUAUUUUUGAAAUUUGUACUAUUAUUUGGGAUCCUCCCUCCUUUUGAACCAAAGCACCCUAAGAACCCCAAAUCUUGUUUUUGUUCAUACGGAGGUACAAAUCAGGCUUGGAGUUCGAAUCCUGAAUCCUCGAACCAGGAAUGUCAGCUAUCAGAAACGCCGGGAGAUUGAUCUCUGGAACCGCGCGCUUUUCUCUCGUAGGGUUUUCACCUUCGCCGCCGGCGAGGAGCGUAUUCCGGUCCGCUGAACGCGCAAUCAGCUCAUAUCCUCCUCGAUGCGCGGCGGCAGCGCCAGAUGCGACCCACCUCGAGAAGAAGUUGCCGCGGCGGCGACUUGGGAAGGUCUACAACUUCCUCCUACAGGACGGCAGCGGGCUCUUCGCGAAUAAAGAAGUUAUUCCUAAGAUCACUCUAAAUCAUGUUUCUGUGAGCUUUACUGGGCAAGGAGAAUCUACUAGCAAGGCUAAACCCACUACAGAAGCAAAUACCAAGGCGCAUAAAAAGCGUGCGAGCCCUUCCUCGAAAAAGAAGGGAAAGAACCCAAAUACAAAUGCAAGUGCAGAAGCCAAGCCUCGCAUAAGGAGUAUUAACACAGCUGGAACCAGGGUUGUUUUGCGUCUAGAUGUCCAAAAUGCAAGUUGGCUGAAUGAAAGAGUUAGGGAGAGGAUCAUGUUGAUGGUGCACAUAACUCAUAUCACAAGAUCUUAUGGGGGGGGGGGGGCUGGCUGGCUGCCCUGUGUGUUUGUGCAAGCCUCUAAUUUGGAAAAAGAUAGGAUUAAAGAUGGGAAGCUAGAGCUCACUUCAUCAAAGACUAGAAAACAGGAGAAUAACUACGAAGAGGCUGUUUCAAAGAUGAACAAACUACUAGAAAAAUUUCAGGCUAUUAUUAAUGCUGCUUCAUAUUCACCAUUGCCCACUCCGAAGAAGGUACUGGACAAGAUUGCUAAUGCCUCUACACAUGAAGAUCACAUCUUAUGUGAUGCCAUUUGAUUUCAUCAUUUAUUACAUUAAUUGAUACUCCAUAUUUCAACUACUAAAUUUGGAUGAAAUUGAAUGGUGAUGCAAAAUAAGCCUCAUUAUGGCUGGCUGUUCUUUCUUGGAAAUAUUCUUUUUAGGCCUGCAUUUUACUACAAUGUGGCUUUCAACCUGGCAAGGAUUUGAAUAUGAACUGAUAGUACAAGUUAGUUUAGAUUGCCUGGUUCAAAUCUUUCAACUCUAUGCGGCAAGGUUUGUAUCAAAGCCUUUUAUCUAGUGAGGGUGAGGAUGCAUUGAGAAUGAUGGUUGAUGUGAGAAAUGAGAAUGACGCUUUGUUGGUUAGUUGGAGU